GAUCCACUUUAUGGAUACUCAUUAGUUUUUACUGCCAGUGUCUGGUAACUAUUUCAGCAACUGAUAAGCUACCAUCAUCUCAAGUUAAGAGAAAACUUUUGAUUUUGAUGCUCAUAACUGUGCUGGCAACAAAAGCAGCUAGCAGCCUAAACUGCUUUGGCAAAGCAAGUCUGAAGGACACUAAAGGGAUAGAAGCAGGAUGUCGGACAGUACAACAACCGUAGGUAGCUCUGUAGCUACAGCUGCAGCUGCAGCACAUAUGGAGGACUUGCGAUUCGGUGUGACGGACUAUUCCAUUUUCAUACUCAUGCUGAGUGUCUCAGCGGGCAUUGGCGUUUACUUCGGAUUCUAUUCCAAGUCGAAAAACACCACCGAUGAGUACCUGCGUGGGGGCAAGAAGAUGCAAGCGCUGCCCAUUGCCAUUUCCCUGGUCUCCAGUCAACUAUCUGGUGUUGCGAUCAUGUCAGUUCCAGCUGAGAACUACACAUAUGGCUUCAACUUCAUAUUCAGUGUCUUAGCCAUGCUACCAACUAUACCAAUUCUCAUAUAUAUCAUUGUGCCAGUCUUCUAUGACAACAAUGUCGUCAAUUGCUAUGAGUACUUGGAGAUGCGUUUCAAUAAGCGCACGCGACAAUUUGUGACUCUCACAUUCAUCUUAAACCAAUUUCUCAUGCUGCCCGUCUAUAUGUUUAUACCCUCGUUGGCCUUCUCUCAAGUGACCGGCGUAAAUAUUCACCUGAUCAACGUUGUGGUCUCAUCGAUCUGCGUUUUCUACACCAUGUUGGGUGGCAUCAAGGCGGUCGUCUGGACAGAUGUGGUCCAGGGUGGUGUUAUGCUCAUCUCAGUGAUCAUGGUGGCGGUGUUGGGCACGAUGCAAACAGGUGGCUUGACCACAGUACUGAAUUAUGCUUCAGAGGGUGGGCGCAUGAACUUUGACUUCAGAUUGGAUCCUAGAAUUCGGGUUACUGUUUGGAAUGCCUUGAGCAGUGGCUUACUUCUGUGGACGGGCAAAAUUGGCCUUGAUCAGAGCUGCGUGCAGCGCAUUGUCUCGUUGCCUUCGUUUUCGGAAGCCAAAAAAUCCCUAAUUGUUGCGGGCAUUGGUUUUUUAAUUAUUAUGUUCCUCAACUGUUUUGCCGGCAUCAUUAUGUUUGCUCGCUACUUCGGCUGUGAUCCCAUGCUAGCUGGCCUGGUCAGUAAGCCUGACAAAAUGAUGCCCUUCUUCAUACAGGACAUAAUGGGUAACCUGCCGGGCAUGCCCGGUCUGUUCAUCUCGUGCGUCUUCAGUGCUUCGCUGAGCUCUCUUUCGGCCCAUCUCAAUUCGCUCGCUGGCGUCGUCUACUUCGACUACAUCAAGCCUCACAUUCGGCAUACCGAGGCGCGGGCGAAUGGAUGCAUGAAGCUGGUGGUCGUUGGCAUGGGCGUCUACUGCAUUGUGGGAGGCAUCAUUGUGCAGCGUUUCAACUCCAUAUUACAGGUAAUGUGGACCGUCACGGGCAUCAACAUGGGCGCCGUUGUGGGUGUCUUCCUGCUGGGCAUGUUUGUGCCGCGUGUCAAUGGAAAGGUGGCAAUGAGCAGCAUCAUAUUCAGUGUGCUGGCCAUGCUCUGGAUCAUCAUCAAUGGGCAGAUGAACAUCAAGGCAGGACUUGUUAAGUACGAAGUGCUCCCAAACAGCUUGGAUCAGUGCGAGGCGCGAGGCCUUGAUGCCAUAUUUAAUGCCAUAAAUCACACAACAACUACACCAGCAACAACAGCUGUUCCACUGCCCACAAAUGUGACAACAGCUUUCGACAGCAAUCGAGAGUUCUCAGUCUAUGAUAUAUCUUUCUAUUGGUACAAGAUGCUGGGCGCCAUCCUGAUAUUCGUCUGUGCGGUGCCUUUGAGCUAUAUCUGGCGGCCUGAUAAGAAUGAUAAGCAAAAUCCCAAGCUCUAUUCGCCAUUUGUGCGGAACAUGUUGAAUGUGUCCGAUCCAGAAGUGGAGCUGGAGGAGCUGCCAUUGAAGGAACCCCUCAACAAAACAGAUCAACAGGAAAACGGAGCCGCAUAAUUGUUAAAUUACAACUCAUUUAAUUAAUUCACAAUGUUGUCUCUUUCAAAAAAUUUAUUUACAAAAGAAUAUUUAAAUGAAGAAUUUCUUAUAUAGAAAGUU